AUGUCGACAACAAACAAGCCAAGGCUCCGCUUGACCAUUGAUGCAGGAUGGGACGAGGAAGAUCAUGUUUCUGAGUCGAGCCAGGCGACCACUUGUUCACUAGACUGCGAGAAUAUCGAUGGCCAGGGAUAUGUCAAGUUACCAAAGACAGGAACUGAGAUGAAGGGACCAAACAAGUCAGGAUUUGCACCGAUAUGGGGGUUUGAGAUGGUCCCCACAUCGAAUGUGAGCUCAUAUGUGAGAUCUUAUGAGCCCCCUGCUCAGUUGGGAAGCCCCGGGUCGUGGACUCCAGUUCACAAGUGGCUGAAAGACUGCCUGAACAAUCAUCAGCAAUGCUCCAAGCAUAUCGACACGAAUUAUCGACCCACGAGGCUAGUGGAAAUCGUCAACUCAACUUCCGUUCGCGUUGUUGAACAUCUUCAUGCCAAAGCUUGCCCAGCCUACGCAUCGUUUUCCCAUUGUUGGGGACAAGCGAGGACGUUGAAACUGCUGCAGGCGAACAAACUCGAACUCCGGACCGGCAUUGAGAUAGCGACGUUGCCAGCAAGUUACAAAGAGGCCCUCGAUGUCAUGGUAGGGUUCGGCAUCAAAUUCAUCUGGAUCGACUCGCUUUGCAUUAUUCAAGAUUCGAAAGAUGACUGGCGCGCCGAGGCAGCAACCAUGUGCGAUGUGUAUCGCAACUCCCUGCUCAACAUCUCAGCAUGCGCCGCAGCUGAGAAUUCGGAGUCGAGCUUUCAGAACCGAGACACGGGCACCAUUCGGCCGAUGGAGAUAACUCCGAAGUGGCGCGGCAUCAGAAAUGAGCGAUUCCUCGUUACGAACACCGACAUUUGGAUGCAAGAAGUCGAAGAGUCCCCGCUGUACCGCCGCUCAUGGGUUCUGCAAGAAGCACGUUUAUCCACUCGGAACCUGUGCCUCACACGCAAUCAGCUCUGGUGGGGAUGUCGCGGAGGAACCUUCUGCGAGACCUGGCCGGAUGGCUUGCCCAAUGAUAUGGACAACGCCAAAGGUCGAGAGAGAUCAUCAGCUUCCGGACAGACCUUCACUCAUUUUAUGUGGUGCAGCUUGGUCGAGAAGUACGCGACUUGCGGAAUGACUGUUCUUUCCGACAGAAUGAUUGCAAUCGCUGGGCUUGCAACUGCGUAUCACGAAGACUUUGUUGGGGACGAGUAUGUCGCUGGCAUGUGGAGGUCCCAACUGCCUCAGUCACUUUGCUGGGUUGCGGGUCCUGAUGAGAUGGUUCCGAUGAAGUAUCGGACAACCGAAUAUCGGGCGCCGUCUUGGUCGUGGGCUUCGGUUGAGGGAGGCGUGUACUUCCAUCACACGAGGUACGGGCCUGACGGUAAUCAUCCAACCUCAGUCUGCGAUGUUCUGGACAUAAAGCUAUCAACAGUAGGGCCUUCCCCCUACGGUGAAGUAACUGGGGGUUGCCUACAGCUUCGUGCUCCAUUGGCCGAGGUCGAGGUUGGAGACGAAGCACUUCGUUUCCAGGGAGCGGACGGGGACUUUCACCACAUCCCAGGGACGGCUGAAGAUUUGGAUCAGGAGCGGUGGAACUUUGACCAGUACACGUCUGUCGUGCUUGACGAGUACACGUCCUACAUAGAGGCCAUGAUAUCGCAUAUCAGCGCCCCAGCCAUUGACUUGAGCAAGAGGGUUGACUUUAACGGGGCCAAGAGGUUAACAAAGGUUGCAGAGCAGUGGACGAAAGCAGAUGGACGGCUAUUCUGCGCUCCUAUUAUUGAAUGGAAUAGUCCGGAAGGCAGCGAAGGCGCCGGCAUAAUUCUUGUCCUUCCCAAGUCAGGGCCCGUCGAAUGCUACCAGCGAGUUGGCUCAUUCAGAUGGAAGGGAGAUAAGGUUCAAAACCAUUUACAUGGUCUGAACCGACGUCAGUUCAACAUUAUCUGA